UACAACUAUAAAUGCCUUCGAGUAUUCUGAGAUCAGAAGUGUGAAAUUGUUGCGAGUCAGUGCUUGUUUUCCCGCCAUGGAAGCCAUGGAAAUCGAUUCCGAGAAAGCUCUCCAGAGGAAGCAAUCUGCCUAUAACUCCUUGGAUGAGAAGUUUGAGAUUGAGAAAGAGACUUACAGGGGUCAGCAGUAUAGUCAGAUUUACUUUAAUCGUCUCCACAUGAUGAGGACUCUUCUCUAUUCCCUCCUUCGUAAUUGGAAACCACAUUUCCCAGUAUGCACGGUUUUAGAAUUGGAAGAAGGCAAGGAAUGCAUUGUUGUUGGAACCUUGUACAAGCACAUGAAACUCAAAUCUUCUAUUCUUGAUGAGUACUCUAAAGAGAGAUCUGCUACCCCACUUGUGAAGCCACAUAAUUUUAUGCACCCAGAUGACCGUCUGAUCUUGGAAGAUGAAAGUGGAAGAGUUAAGCUUGGGGGAAGUGUUCUUUCAGCUUCUGUCUAUGUUACAGGGGUGGUUGUCGCUUUGCAUGGGAAGGCAGGUGCUGGUGACUUUUCAGUUGAAGAUGUCCUCGAAGCUGGCCUGCCGCCCCAGAUAGAGCGGUCACUUAAAUCACAAGAAGACAAGUAUGUUGUUUUUGUGUCUGGGUUACGAAUUGGGAGCAGCAUUUCUAACCCCCUUCAAUUUCAGCUUCUUGUUGAUCACAUAACGGGACAUCUAGGAGAUGAGAAGGAACAAGGUAUUGCAGCGCAGAUAGUUCAAGUUGUAAUUGCUGGGAACUCUGUUGAAAUUCCUCGUGGAUUUCUUAAUGGACAGAAUUUGGCUUCGCAAGAUCAAUCAAGGUUGUCUGAGCCAAUCAAAGAGCUCGAUAUUUUGUUGACUCAGAUUGCUGCAGGUUUGCCUAUAGAAAUCAUGCCAGGUUCCGACGACCCUGCUAACUUUUCCUUACCACAGCAGCCUUUGAAUAGGUAUCUUUUUCCAGGAUCAUCAGCCUAUAACACGUUCAGAUCUUGUACUAACCCUCACUGCUUCGAGCUUGAUAAUAUCAGGUUUCUUGGAACAUCAGGUCAAAAUAUAGAUGACCUUGAGAAGUACUCAAAAGCAAAGGAUAAGCUUGAAUUUAUGGAAAGAACGUUAAAGUGGAGGCAUCUAGCACCAACAGCACCUAAUACUCUUGGGUGUUAUCCUUUCACUGACAUGGACCCCUUCUUGAUUGAGAUUUGUCCUCAUGUUUACUUUGUUGGUAAUCAGGACAAGUAUGAUACUCGUUUAUUAACAGGGUCAGAAGGGCAGAUGGUCAGACUCAUUUGCAUCCCAAAAUUUUGUGAGACGGGAAUUGCCGUCGUGCUGAACACGAGAAAUCUCGAAUGCCAUGCUCUCAGUUUUGGGACUCAAUUUAUAUCAUGACAUGGUGUCCAAUGGAAACAACGGUUUCAAAAUCUAUAAAAGCAAAUUUGGGGAGCCAAAUCGUGAGCAGUUGCAUUCGAAAUAUUUUUUUUAUGGAACGCUAGUUAAGAGUUUUGUUGUACUAUCUUUUCAGUGACUUGUUUUCAAACUGGGAAUUCAAGGACAUUUUCUGCUCCA